AUGGAUGAGACUUCCAACUGGGCGGAACAGUCACAGCCCAAGAAACCCGAAUUAGCUGAGACUUCUAACAUUGGUUUGCCGACGAGCUACAGCGAGCAGGCUGCGACGGAGAGUUUAAACCCUGUGCGAUCAAAAGGAGUCAUUGAAUCGACACUUCAAUUUCUCUCAACGGCUAAUAGUGAGACUCUUCUGGGUGUCUUCGCAUGCUUGGUAGGCGCGACGCUCGUACUUUUUGGAAGACUAGGUUUGCUCUUGAUCGGAAUUGCUAGUGGUAUCAUCUUGCACGCACAAUGGGAGGCAGUUUAUGAGGACCCUAUCCAUCCAUUAUCCAAUCCCCGACAGCGAAGGAGAAAGGAGCUCGCCCUGGACAUAUCCAGAAGACUACUCGAUUGGCCGAAAAGUACGACCUUGGCUGCCGAUGCUGAACAAGAUGACACUGGGCAAGUAUUCCUCUUCGGGGACUCUUCCUCUGCUGAUCUUGAUUAUUCUGCUCUUGGCCCCAAGACAGCGGAUGCCCUGAGAUCAAUCACCGAUGCAGUUAUGAAGGACUAUGUGAUCUCCUGGUCUAGUCCAAUAUUACCGCCCGAGACAACAUUUCAUCUGGCAUGCAGGAAGUUGUUGGCCGAGUUUAUCUCGUCCUUGUCAUUGCACCUCUCUCGUAAACGCUCUGCUGACACCUUUUUGGAACUCCUCACUAACUCAUCCUCACUGAUCAUUGUGUUUUUGAAUGAGCUUUCUGCAGCAUUCGAGUCCGUCGGCUCCACUAAACCGCCGGAAGAGGUAGUCUUGCGCUACAUAGAGACCUCCCCUGAAAGUGGCCUGGCGAAUAUCUUAGCCAACGACCAACAGAAGAAGAAGCUCGACAUUAUAGCGGACGAUAUUUUGGCCAGAUUUCUAGACCCAAAUGUCUAUGGAUGUCUGCUGCUCAGAAAUUUCAUGCGCGAAAUGUUCGUGAGCGUUCUAUUUGAGUCAACCGUUUCGAGUCUUUCGAGGCCAGAAAUCAUCAAUGGCUGGAUUAUAUAUCUUUUUAGUGAAGGCAAGUCAGAAAUAAUGACUGCAAUAGACGCCGGUGUGGAAGGGGCCCAGGAACAAGUUGUGACAGCAACUAGAGAACUCAACAGCGUAAAUGAACUUCCAUCCGAUACAACGCGCAACACGAGCCCAGACUUCGAUAUCACUAGGGAUAUAAUACAACAUGAAAUGGCAAAUGUUGACAGGGCAACAGUGGAAGCCAAAAUAGAGGCGAAGCGACUCAGUGACAUGAUCACGGCGCAUGAUCAGCAGAAGCAAAGCCCAGAGAGAGCACUGGGAAACGAUGUGCAGGAGGUGGCAUCGGAUGACAAGAUUGAUCAUAGAGAAGUCUUGCCUGCAGACGAGAUCGGAGACGGAGCUUUGCAACGCAAAGUCUCAGGUUGUGAUCAAGCAAAGCAUAUUGAAAAUAAUAUCGAUUCCAACGUAGAAGAAGAUAACAGCUCGUCUCCUUCACUCAUGCAAUUCAAGAGUCCAACCGCACCGACUUCGCUACCGGAACCAGCCAUCCUUCAUCGUGCAUCCAUAACGGUAGAAACCGAAGCUUCAAAGGCCACAUCGAAAGGCCCACUCCGCUCAAAGCCAACGUCGGACUAUUUACUGCAAGUUGAACCUGUAUCGACACGGUCUACUGGGUGGAUGGUUUUCCGAAAAUAUACCGAUUUCGAAUCGCUUCACCAAACUUUGGAGGCUAUCUCGAGACUGCACAAACUACGGAAGUUCGCAGACGAUCACCCAGUUGUACCCUCGUGGAAAGGCCAGACAACAUUGGAAUUGGCUAAGAACUUGGAAUGUUAUCUUCAAGAUGCUCUUAACCACGAGUCUCUGGCAGAGAGUGAAAAGAUGAAACGAUUUCUUGGCAAGGAUGAACAUCUUGGAUCGGACUUCAGUAAUCCUUACGGCAGGACUGGGUUCCCCUUUCCAAGCCAAUCUGCACUCGAGAAUGUAGGAAAGGGAGUGUUGGGCGUAUUAUCCAAUGCACCCAGAGGCGUCUCGGGAAGUGGCAAAGCCAUGUUGGAUGGCAUGACAGGGGUGUUUGGUGGAGGCAGCAGUAAAAAGCAAUCACCGGAUUCAGUGGUAGGCGAUAAAGCCAGGCCACUAAAUCCUGUCAACCAUAAUGGGUCAAUCGAUCAGGUGUCAGAGGGGAGACUUCGGAAUUCUACGAGGAUUGGCUCGGCUUCCCCACCGGACGGAUUUCACACAGACAAGACAUUUGGGAGGCCAGCUCCCCCUCCUGAAGAGGCUUUUUCGAAUAAAUUCGAAACGGCUACGGACUAUGCAGGAUUUCCCGACAGCUCAGCUCAGACGACGGAUGUAGGAUGCAUUGUGGCUUCUACACAACUGUCUCCUUCAACCGGGCGCAAUACUUCGGCUGACCUACCCCGGUCUCCUGGCGGGACGCAAGAUAAUUCUCACGCCAACAGCGAAGGGCAAGCACCAGACGCUGAAUUAAGCGAGUACAGAAGUCAAGGCAAUCCUAUCACGCAUGAAGAGACGCGCAUAGCAGUGGAGCUCAUAUUCGCGGUAAUCAAUGAACUAUACACCUUGUCUUCGGCAUGGAACAUACGCAGGACUCUACUUAAUGCGGCAAAAUCGUACAUAUUACGCCCCGGAAAUCCUCAUUUGGAGACGAUCCGUGAGCUGCUCCAGGUAUCGAUGAUUGAUUCGCAUACGUCAGAUGAAGCAAUUGGGCUAUAUCUCAACAAGUUACGUGAAAAUGCUCUGCCAACGGAAAGCGAGUUAGAAAACUGGCCGCCGCCAUCCACUGAUGCUGAGAAAGAACGGCUGAGGGAGACGGCUCGCAAAGUCUUCGUUCAGCGAGGCUUACCCCAGGCUCUUACGAGCGUUAUGGGAGCAAAUGCCAGUAAGGAAGUUUUGGGGAGAAUCUUCGAUUGUCUGCAGGUUCAAAAUCUCGCUAGGGGAGCCAGAAAACGCGAACCAGACGCUGAGAGUGAUUCUAUUGACGACCAUCGGUCAUCAAAAAGGACGAGGGGCAAUGUCUCGAAGGGAAACCCAAACCCUAAUCAUACCGAUUUACUCGCUGGCCAGGGAAAGCUUGACUCGAAUGGAGACCUCUACUGGGAAAUCUCCAAAGCACGCCGUCUGACCAUCUCAUCUUUCCGUGGAAAGACCCUGGUCAGUAUAAGGGAAUACUACGAGAAGGAUGGCCACGAGCUCCCUGGGAAGAAGAAUAAAGGCGAAUCAAUCCCCCGACCACAGUAUGAUAGCGAUAGUAAAUUGACCAGUGAGAACAAAGAGGUCGGUGAUGACUCUGGUGAAUAUUCGGAUGACAAGGAUACGCGCCGGAAUAUCGAGGCGACGAGUGAGGACGACAGCGAUGAGUAG